AUGGAUGAGCUGCUGUCAGGGGUGGCUGAAACCAUCAAGAACUUUGCCAUGAUCUACCUUGUAGGCAUCACCAAGGUUCCUGACUUCAACCCCAUGUACGAGUUGUACGACCUGUCAAUGGUGAUGUUCCUCUUCUGCAACAAGCACAUCAUGAUUGAUCUUGGUACAGGAAACAACAACAAGAUCAACUAG